AUGAGGAAAAGUCCAAGUCCUCGUUCUUGUGGUCAACUCCGGAGCCUUCCCAUAGCCCCAGUAUAUCGAAAUAUGGUGGCUUCUAUCCUGCCGAACAACGAGGAUCAGUCAUCUGCCCCUCCUCGAAAACGGCUCCGACAAGAUAUCUCUGCCAAUGUGCCCCAAACAAACCAAAAACGACCCCGUCUUUUCGUCCCGUUCAGAGCGCUCGGAUUAAUCACCAACCACGUACCUUUCGUCCUUCAAACGCGAUCCUACAAGGGCUCAACAGAUGGUCCAAGACUCCAUCUUCUCACUUGCCUAGGGCGUGCAUGGGCAUUAUGGGAAGGAGGGAAGAUGGGGCUUCUCUUUGUUGGACCUGAUGCUCCGGAACAAAUAUCAAGUAUGGCAAUGGAUGGGGAUGCCGUCUGGAUUACUUCAGGAAUAUUUGUUAUCAGACAUAUACGCGGAAAAGAGGUUUCCCGUGUAACAAACCCUCUUGGAACAACAUUGUCAUUUAUCACGAUCUUUGGGUCACAACUACUGGCUCUGACAGAAAGAGGGGAACAUAUGUUAGUCUGGAACACAUGUAGCGGAGAACUAGAAUCGAGUAUCUCAUUUGACCCCGAUUUCACUGCAACGUCUGUCCUCCACCCUGCAACAUACCUGAACAAAGUGGUCGUAGCCAGUACCCAAGGAACUCUGCAGCUGUGGAACACCAAAACAAAAUCGUGUAUUCAUAAGUUUAGCUCAAGUCGCCUGACAUCGUCACCAAGCUCAAAUGCAUCAACAUCCAACGACCACGGAAGCGCGAUAGCAGCUCUCGUGCAAUCGCCCGCCAUUGACGUCGUCGGUAUUGGCUUCACGUCCGGAGAGAUAUCUGUCUACGAUAUACGGGCAGAUGAACGGCUUAUGCGCAUUUUUAUGGAAGGUGGUGGGGUCAGAGCUCUCGGUUUCCGAACAGAUGGACACCCAAUCCUCGCUUCAGCGUCUUCGUCAGGGCACGUUGCUUUGUGGGAUUUGAAUGCAGGAGGACGACUGCUGCACAUGGUUCGCGGUGCCCACGACGCAGCUAUCACGGCAGUCGAAUGGGUUCCUGGUCAACCAGUUCUCAUUACGUCGGGCGAAGAUAAUAGCGUCAAGCAAUGGCUUUUCGAUUCUCCUACAGCUGCUCCGCGUCUUCUAAAGUUCCGUUCAGGACAUCAGUCCCCACCACACAUCAUUAGGUAUUAUGGUGAUGACGGCAAACAGCUUCUGACUGCUUCGAGAGACCGUAGCCUCCGCUGCACCUCAGUUGUUCGCGAUUCACGGUCCUUCGAGCUCUCCCAAGGAUCCCUGCUGAAAAAAGCGACAUCGCUGUCUAUCCCUCUUGCCUCUCUCAAAGUCCCGCCGAUUGCUUCUAUCUCCUACUCUACGACCCGCUCAAAAGAUUGGGACGACAUUGUGACCGUUCAUAUUGAUGAAACCUUUGCCCGCACUUGGACAAUGCUUGGAAAACGAUUAGGAAAAUAUAAUUUCGGCAUGUCUGAUGAUCCAAAAGCGAAGGGCAAGGAGCGUGGCAUCGUUGGAGCUGCAAAGGCUGUAUGUAUAUCGGCAUGUGGCAAUUUCUCCAUUGUCGGCUCUUCAGCAGGUCAAAUACACAUGUGGAAUAUGCAGUCUGGGAUCAAACGGAAAACUUUCACCCUAGGGUCAUGCCCAACCGAAAUUGCCUCCCGCUUUUAUUCUGGUACCGUCAAGCGAAGAGAUAGGACCAUAAGUGGGCUAGCCACCGACUCGCUGAACAGAGUCGUCAUCGCCAGCACACUAGAUGGGACAAUAAAUUUUUUUGACUUUCAAACCACAAAUUUAGAAUACACCGUGGUGUUGCCCUCAACAGCAGUAUCAAUAUUACUACAUCGCGACAGUGGUCUUCUAGCCGUUGUCUGUGACGAUAUGGCGGUCCGCGUCAUUGAUAUCGAGACAAGGAGGGUAGUCAGAGAAUUGUCUGGAUUUCACGGACGUAUCCUUGAUGUCACGUUUUCGCCUGAUUCAAGGUGGCUCGUUGCGACAUCAUUAGAUUCUGUCAUCCGCACAUUCGAUGUCCCAACUGGCCGUCUCAUCGACGCGUUUCGGACAUCCAGUGUCGCCACAAGCAUAUCCUUUUCUCCAACAAAUGAUUUCCUGGCCACAUCGCACGUUGACAGCGUUGGUGUCUUCUUAUGGGCCAAUCGUGCUCAAUAUACCGAUGUCGCCUUCCAGGGCGUCAACUCGAACUAUAUCUUUGAUGUCUCAUUACCCUCAAUGCAGGGCGAUGCUGAAGAUGAAGCUCUGGAAGCUUUAUCGUCUUUGCAAGUUUCAGAGACACCUGUUGAUGUCUUUUCUACACCCCCUCAGUUGGAUGGAGAGCUAAUAACUCUGACACUUCUCCCUCGGUCGCGUUGGCAGACGCUCCUCAAUCUCGAGGUCAUUCAGCAAAGGAAUAAGCCGAAAGAACCACCAAAGGCUCCAGAGAAGGCCCCAUUCUUCUUGCCUACACUACCAGGUGUUGAAACUCGCUUUGCGCCGCCAAUCAAGGAGCCAGAAAAAGAGGCGAAGAAAUCGGGAAGAAGGUUGACUACUGGCAUGAACGGCAACGAGAGUGCUUUUUACCAAAAGCUUGCAGCUGAAGAAAAGGAUGACGACUAUGACUCCUUUUUCAACUACGCCAAAAUGUUGUCACCCGCUGCGCUUGAUCUCGAAAUCCGGUCACUGACAACCCUCGAUAGCCUUUCCCUUUUCAUUAAUGCCCUGACACAGCGGCUGCGCUCGCACCGAGACUUUGAGGCUGUUCAGGCCAUGCAGAACGUUUUCCUGCGGAUACAUGCCGAGGUCUUGAUGGCCAAUCCUGAAAUGCUAUCGGACUUGGAUAAUUUGACGGAAGUGCAACAGAAGGAGAGCCGGAGAGUGUUGGAGCUGAUAGCUUCCUCGUUGGGCACUCUGGGCUUCGUACGGGAUACCCUGUAA